ACACAACAUAAAUUAUAAACUAGUGAAACGAAUAAAACGAAUUGUUUGGAUUUCCGUCUUCUGGACUGCACAACGUCUACCAUGACAAAAUAGAUCUAUUUCGUCAUGACGUCUACGACACUAAAUGUAACAGUGACUAUAUUCAUAAGUUAAUCUAUCUCGUUGUUUAGAGUUCUUUUUUAACUUAAUUUGAAAGACGUUUUUACUGUUUGUAUUUCAUCCCGAUUUGUCAUUAAAUAUCAAUAAAUAUUAACAAUGUCAAUGCGUUAAAAAAAUAAAAACUGGGAAGUAACAAUUAUAAAAUUAUUGAUUAGUGCACAAUAAAUUAUUUUCUUUAAAAAUACAUUGUGUAUGUGAUAGUGAUACAACGAAAUUUUAAGUUAUUAUAGUGACAUAGUGAAAUAGUUUUUGUGACUUGUGUUGACGACUUAUCUAAUCACCUAGUGCAAUGGGUCGUAGGAAAAGUAAAAGAAAGCCGCCCGCGAAAAGGAAAGCCAUAGAGCCUCUAGACACACAGUUUAACUGUCCGUUUUGUAAUCACGAAAAAUCUUGCGAAGUUAAAAUGGAUAAGAGUCGAAACGUGGGGAAAGUGUAUUGUCGUGUUUGCCUAGAAUCAUUUCAAACAACUACAAGCUUUUUGUCUGAACCAGUUGACAUAUACAAUGAUUGGGUUGAUGCUUGUGAAGCAGCUAAUUGAUGCAGGGUGAUUACUGAAACAAGAAUAAG